AUGCACCCGCUCCACCGCCGUUGUCACUACUACCACCACUGGCAGCGGCUCAAAGGUCCAGAGUUAACGGUUUUUGAGAGGCUGAAGAUGGAAGCUAUGGGCGCUGAGUAUGCGGUGGCGGAGAGGUUUUUGAGCUCGGCGUUUGAGGCCCUUUUGCUUGAAACCACGACUGCUGUGGCUAAGUCCCUUGUUUGUUUUCUCCUCACGGCACAAUCCUUAUGCAAUACCAAAGUUUUCCCUAGGGACCUGAUAUCUCCAGAGAGGUUUGUGCUAUUUCCCUUUUCCACAACUUCUCCGAAUUUUUCCCUGAUUGUUCGCUGGCAUUGACCGGAAAAAUUCUCUUUUCUGAAGGAUGUCCAUAACUGAAGCCAACAAGGAAAAUAAAUCUUCGGAACCCAAGAACAAAGAUGGCAGUGAAGAUGAAGAUGAAGAUGAGGAUGAAGAGGCUGAAGGGGAGCCAGAUGACGG